CCGUUUGAACACAUCGCGGCUGCUUCUUUUCCCAGCGGUGGAAUCAAAGUUGGGUGACCCGCGAUCGAUCCCACUCCCUCUAGAAAUUAGACGCAACCCGCUCCAGGGACCCGAUGUUAAUGAGCUUCAAAUUGAAUGCUGGCAAUGAUACAUGCUCGAGCGUACCAAGAUGGAUCGUUGCUGCUUUUCUUCUUCCAUCCUCUGAGGUGCUGAGGGACUGUUUCAGCUGCCAGAGUUGGAGAUAUGGAUGUGCAGCCAACCACCCUUGAGGAGGCAUGUCAGGUGAUCCACGACCUCAGGGAAAGGCAUCGCAGCCAAGCACAUCAGCUUCUCUCUUGGCGCCGCCGCGCUAAGGCUCAGGAGGAAAUGAUGGCGAAACUGGCUCGGGAACACGCCGAGCAGCUGAAGGGCCUGUCAUCUCAGCUCUUGCUUCUGGAGGCUGGGCUGUGCAGGAAACAAAAGGAAAUACGGACGCUCCUAAUCAACCGAGACAAAUGUGUGAUGCGCCAAUCGAGAACCAUCCGAGCUCUCCAGCAGCGCUUGGCCGACUCUGGCCUCGACUCGUCUUUGCCUGACACAAAUGAUGUUGACAUUGCCGCCGACAAUGAUAGCGCGGUGGUGCUCGAGGACGGGUCUGCGAUGGACCUGCAGCUGGCACUGCCUUUGUCCUCCGUGCUCCGUUACAACAGCACCACCGCCGCUGUUCAAAGAAGCAUAUCAGAUGCAACUAAAUUUUCUAAUUCAGGUGCUGGUGGGAAGCGUGGAAGCAACUCGUUUUUGAGAAGGCCAGAGGUUUUAGAGACUGUGUAUAGUGUUGAAGAAGAUCAAGACUCGGAAGACCCUCCAAGGCAAUUGACCCCUGAAAGGCAGAACAACGUCUCCAAUGACUGCACCGCUCCUACUGCCGAUGAUGAAGCUUUAAUUUCCGAGGAAGAAGAGAUGCUGAACAACAACAACAGCGGAUCGGUAGAGGGGAGCGAGAAAAAGCUGAGACGGCAGCCGCCCUUGCGGACGAGUCGCGUGGACCUGGAAGAGCCCCCCAGUUGGAUACCUGCGCCUCCCGCGGGGGGUCAGCAGCAUCAAUUCAACAGAGUCAUGGGCAACAAUCACCGUUCAGUGACCAAGCCUAAGGACGUCAAGUACAAACGCAUCAACAAGGCCAAGAGCAAGUCUCUGGAAGAGCUGCGAGGCCGUCUUCGAGUGGAGCCUCCAAGUCCUGCCUAAAAUUAGCUCACCUGCCCUGCUCAACUCUACUUUUAAAUUUGAUUGUUAAAUGUACUAUAUUUAUCGAAGUGUAGGCCGUGGCCUGCUGACCAAGGCGUAGUGAUGUUAGUCAUAUAAGACUCAAUAUUAUGUGAAAUCGAUUAAGUGAAAAGUCUUACACACCACUCUAUGGUGCUCUGUCUCUGACCUUAACUCUAAUCUUGUCUUUGACUAAUGAAAUUUUGCUCUGAACAGUAAAACUGCUAUCUUUAAGCUGGAAUCAAAA